UAUAAGACGGCGCCGAGUGAGUGAGUGGGGGCUUCAUCAAUCAUCUUCACUCUAAAUAAGUGCUCACAAAUCUCUUUAUCGCCGGCGCCGGUCAAGUAUGGGAGCCUACAGAACCGACGACGACUAUGAUUACCUCUUCAAACUCGUCCUCAUCGGCGACUCAGCCGUCGGCAAAUCCAACCUCCUCUCCCGAUUCACCCGAAACGAAUUCAGCCUCGAAUCCAAAUCCACAAUCGGAGUCGAAUUCGCUACUCGUACCAUCCGAGUCGAUGAUAAGGUCAUCAAGGCCCAGAUUUGGGACACCGCCGGCCAAGAGAGAUAUCGAGCAAUUACGAGUGCAUACUAUAGAGGAGCAGUAGGAGCAUUGCUUGUUUACGACGUAACACGACAAGUAACAUUCGAGAAUGUAGAAAGAUGGUUAAAAGAGCUAAGAGAUCAUACUGAUUCAAACAUGGUGAUCAUGUUGGUAGCAAACAAGGCAGAUCUGGAACAUCUUCGAGCUGUUUCAACUGAGGAAGGACAGGCAUUUGCUGAAAGAGAGAACACGUUCUUUAUCGAAACAUCUGCUUUGGAAUCUAGGAAUGUUGAAAAUGCAUUCACUGAAGCUCUUAAUCAAAUACACAAAGUUGUUAGCAAGAAGAGUCUUCAAGUUGGUGAUGAUCCAUCUGGAUUGCCUAGAGAAGGCCAAACAAUCAAUGUACAAGGAACCAAUAACAAAAUCGGAUGUUGCUCAGUAGUAUAAGUGUUUCCAUUCAUUCCCCUUUUGUUCUUCAAUUUCAGUUUUAUUUUCUUGUUUUAUGUAUGGAGGAAUCAAUGCAAUGCAAAUGCAUAAACAGAAGAAACGUUGUGAUAAAUUACUGGUAUUAAGA